CACCGCGGGGCUGACGGAGCGCAGAGAGGAGCCCUCGCUCUUUUUGGUCCCUUUCCAAGCAUUUUUUGAGCGGAGGAAGGAUGUAAUAACAUGCCACGGGCAAUAAAUCAUAGGCUGGCUACUCCCCCCGCCUCCCCUCCCCCGGCCCCUCUAUAGACGGAGGGGAGGAGGGGACUCCGGCAGAGCGCUGCCGCCGCCGGGACGAGCUGAGCCGCUCCGAGCCCGCCUGCCUGUUCUGCCGCCAGCAUGGACCUCCGCGCUCUGGCUCUGCUCGCCUUUGCCCUGGCCGUCAUCUCCCUGUCGGAGGAGAAGCCCGUCAGCCUGACGUACCGAUGCCCCUGUCGAUUCUUCGAGAGCAACGUGGCGAGGGCCAACAUUAAGCACCUCAAAAUCCUCUCCACUCCCAACUGCUCACUUCAGAUUGUUGCAAGGCUCAAGAGUAACAGCAAGCAAGUGUGCAUUGAUCCCAAGCUAAAGUGGAUCCAGGAAUAUCUGGAGAAAGCUUUAAACAAACCACGUCAUCGCACUCAUAAAAAAAAGCAACAGAAGAAACGGGGCCCACUCUGCCCUUCCCGUGCAACACCACUAAAGUCUCCAGGGAGAAAGAAUGGAGGUUCAAGAUGUAAGAGGCAAGCAUUGUAAGCCGUCUACAGGAUUUCUUACUGUAGGACCCAGAGAGCAGAUAACCAGUAUUAGGGAAGGAAUACAUUUCACUGUUAUCAUGCAGCACAAAAGCAACGCUUCAUGCAUUUCCAAAGGUGUUUUUUAUUUUUUUGUCUGUUUUUUUCUCUUUUUUUUGCACAAAUUGGCUUGCAUUCACAGUGCUAUUUUUUGUAGUAAGAUGUAUUUGAUUUUGAGAAAAAUAUGGUUUUAUACAGGUUGGUUGAUUGCUUAGCACUGAGGGCAGAUAUGAAUUUAAACUAAUCCUAUGUUAUCAGAUAAUAUUUUAUUUUCUUUGCUAUGUAGAGGUCCUGCUUUAUUUAACUUUCUUUUGGUUCAUGCAAGUCUCCUGGAGAUUUAAACCUAGAAGGACAUGAACUGUACAGUGCAAUGAUGUUGUGUAAAUAGAAGAAGAGUUCCUUGCCCCAAAAGUCAUUAAGGCCAAGAACAUAGGAAGGCUAAAAAGCAUCAGACAUCAGUGAAAGUGGCCAGCAUUAUCAUGGGUGGUGGUUAUAGGUAUUUUGGCAGAGGGAUUAAAUUCAGAUCUUCAAGGCUAAAGCCAUUCUCUGUGGAUCAGAGAUCUUGGUGACAGCUGUGAGCUACUGGGACAAUGCACAUGUGGUACUGCAAGGUGCCAGUACUUUGUAGAAGCCAAGUGUUAGGAGCCACAAUGCUGAUCUGAUGUCACUUGGCUUUUCCUAUGUUCCUGUCUCUGAUGACAAAUUUUAGCACAAAAAGAAAUGGAUUAUUAAAGAUCUGGCAGCAUGAUCAUGUUGCAGAUUGCUGGAGGAGCCAGAGGUGCUGUCAUGCACCAGGUGUCUGUUCCCACCCAUCUGCAGAAGGUGACUUCAAUUCUCCGGACUGGCCUUGUGUUGAAGCACAUGAAAGAGCAUUGACCCUUCACCAAGUGCUGUACUCUCUGUUACUGAACAGUCGCAUUUACCCAAGGGCAGCAGCACCUUUGAUUGUUCUGGGUAGAUCCAAAAGAAGACGUCUGGCCAUGUCUUUGGAGAAAACAGAUGACUGGGGCAAAAGAGGAAAUACUGAGGGUUUGCCCAGUUUGUGCGCUUCUUGAGUGUGGAGAUGAAGGCCAACACUCACUGUUCACCAGUGGUCAUGGUUUGCUGGUGAAUGGCACAGGCUCUGGAAUCUCCUUUGCAAAGUACACCUGGGGACACUUCUUUCACCAAUUCCUUCUCUCAGCCGAAAAUUUCUUUCUCCUGGUUCCUACCUGUAUGAACAAGUAUCUUCGCUAAAUAGUGUAUGGAAAAAAUGCCUAAAAUACUAUGAUAAUUAUGUUAUGCUGCACACAGAGAUCCGGGGGGGAAGCACAUUAGUGCAGCGCAAUACUUACAUUUAUAUGUAUCUGUCUAUUGUAAACAAAAAUGUCAUAACAUUAUAUGUUUUUUUGGAGCUGGUUGCUUCAAAAGGAAUCUUCCUUCUUAUCUGCAGCCUGUGUCAGGAACACUGAAAGGGCCGUUUUGGUAAGCAUGCCUUUCCGUGGCAGGCAACUUUAAGGCCAAAAAGGCACUUUGGCUAGCUGGGGCUACCUUAUUUCCAUGUGGAUUCAGGUAAAAAUCUUGUAAGUCCUUUCCUCUCUGCAAAAAGGUGCUAUUACAGAGAGUGCUUUGGCCGGGACUACAUCACCUCAUUUACUUUGAAGUAGAAACCAACUGCUGUGCCUAAAAUGUGUGUGUGCGUGUAAUUUUGACAUUACUUCUAUUGAUGCCAUCCCCAAGCUGGUGCUUUAAGUAUACUUUGUAAUAUACUGUUCUGUUUUAGAAGGUCUGGUACCACUGUACUUUAUGAGAAUUGGGCUGUUGAUUUCAACGUGAAUAGGAUCAGAAUCCCUGUUGUCAGGGUAAAGACAGGAAGAACUUAUAUAAGAAAAUGCAUUUUUUGUAUCCUCCCUGGACUGUGCUGUAUAUCCUAGGGCCCACCUCCUGUCCCUGCACAUACAUCUGCAGUAGCAAGUGGUUUUCCAGGAGGCUGACACUUGAUUGUCAAAGCUAAGAAUGAUUUUGAGGAAAGUGUGGAAGAAUCUUGGUUCUUACACAGACAUGAAGCUUGUUCUUCUCCCCCAUGAAGGUGCAGUCUUCACUUGUGCUUCCCAACUAAGGGCAGCUUAAUGCCUGAUCUGUUUCCUUUGGAAUCAGACCAGAGUUAAAUAAUCCUCUUAAUUUUGAUCCAAGAGCAUCCCUUGCUAAGGAGGAUAGAGGCCAUGAAGAAGUGGCUGGACAGCCUUGGAGUGUUCUGCUGCAGUCCCAGUUCGUACAUCAGAGCCUGGGCAAACAGAGAACUUGACAGAAACAUUUAGAUGGGCAGUGCUGGAGCACCCUACCCAAAAUGUAGGAAAUUGGGGUCACCUGAUGACGUUCUCUUCUAGGGGCAAACUUGUGGGCGUUGCAGGAGCAGACUGCUAAAGAAAGGGCAUUCCUGGAAGAAAUACAUGUGUAGGCAGGAAAGGGGCUCCUCACAAGGGACUUACGUGAGAACCUGAUCAAAGCUUUGCCUUGCUUUAGUCCUAACGUCAACCUUGAGCGGUAAGCUUUGCUUUUUGCCUGGCAUUAUUUACAAGAGAACCAUUGCAUAAGGAAGAGCAGCUCUGCCAUUCACGCGAAGGUCAUCAAUUACCGGGCUGCAUCAAGCUUCCUCACUACCCUGUGUGUCACACUCUAUUUCUCCUGUGGACACUUAGCAGGCCAAGAAGCUGCACUAACAGAAACCCGCUCAGGGAGAACACUAGAUUUUCCUUUCUGCCUUUAACUGUUGACCAAAGACCAAAACAGGGACUGAACUGGGAGAUGGGAGUGAUGUAGGGACCACACGUGAAGGAAAGGAGGAAAAGGGAUAACACUGAACUAGUGCCAAAAAAGCAGCUUCUGUAAAUGUGAAAUGGUCAUGUCACGUGUGGUAUUUUCAAAGUGCAGCUGUCAAAUCCUAAGGUGUUUUCUUGUUUAUUUUUAAAAAAGAGUAGAUGGUAUUUAUUGCUGUGCCAUUUUUUAACUUAUACUAGCUUUGUGCUUGUAUGUAUGAAUAUCUUAUCUGAAUUCUGCCUGAGGAAGUAUGAAGGAUGACUUUUUGAUAUGUUUUUAACGAUGUGGUGUUUGAGCGAAGGUGACUGUUUGUUGGUCUUUUGCAAUGAAAGCUAUGUUCCAAAUAAAAUAGACACGUUUUGUUGAAAAUGCAGUUCCUAUAGAAGUUUCUGUUGAUAUUUUCCCUUUGUUAGAAUCCAGAGGGUCUUCUUUUCUCUGGCUGUUUGUUUUGAUUAUAUGAUGUAUAGUAAUCAAGGGCAUCUGAGACCUCAUUACCUAAAAAUCUUAUUUUUUUAUUUGCCAACUUCCCACCUAGAUGAGUCUUGCCGGCAAACGUGAAAUUCAUAGAAUCAUAGAAUGGUUUAGGUUGGAAGGGACCUUUAAGAUCACCUAGUUUCUGCCCCCCUGCUAUAGGCAGGGACACCUCCCACAAGACCAGGUUGCUCACAGCCCCUGGAUUCUGGUGGCCACAGAGAAGAAAAUGUUUGUGGUGAUGAAGGGGCUGCAUGGACCUCCCAUCUUUUACUCUGUAAGAGCUCAGUGUAGUCAGAAUGUGGUGGAUACUGUACUUCAUAUUUUUAUUAAAUAAAAAGAAAUCUUCCCAAAUAAUGUGAAAAGAGUUUUGUAUUUGUGUUCCUGUAAGGCAGCUUUGAUGGAGGAGUUAUAUUGUGCAUUUGAAAUUACUCCUUUCAUAGAUUAUUUUGAAAAUAAACACUUUUAUAUUGUAAUUUCUCCAGUAAAUGUGUAUGCACUUAUAAUUUUCUUAAUAAAAAUGUCUAUCUGAAUGAAACAA